CGUUCCUAACAUUAAAGAAGACAGAAGAUGUGAGUGUUUGAAAAUGUGCUGGUUCCGCUGAACAUGUCUUCAUCCCCGAGACGUCGAGUUAAAUAGUUGAACAACAUGGCCGAACAGAGGCUGCUGUUUCUAGAUAUUGAACCGAAGUCAAACAGCUCCACUCCGACUGAGAGACCCCUCUGGAGUCGCAGCGACAACACCUUCAAGUUCAACUUCCUCCCUGACAGCGCUCCAGCACUUCAGAAGAACAUCUCACCAGACAGGGCAGAGCCAGCACCGAGCCACAUAUCCUUCACCGGGGGAGGCUCUGCUUUUUCCUUUAACUUCCAAAUCCCUGCUGGUACACCCGUACAAGACAUGGAGACAGGAGAGACCCCAGAGGCAAGUUCUCCAGGAAGCCAGGGUGGCAUCCAGGAGGAAAAGCCUUCCUCGCUGCAGGAGGUUAACUCUGAAUCUGAGCUGCAAGCCAAAGCAAAGAAGAAGAAGAAGAAAUCUGGGAAGAAAAAAGUCUUAGAAAGCACAGAGGCACAACAGAAGCCAGCUGAAGGGAGUCAAGGAGGGGACAACACAGAGCUGAGUGCAGAGGAGCAGUUAAACAGACAGCUGGACUGGUGCAUCGAGCAGCUGGAACUGGGAAUGAGAUCCCAAAAAGGAACACCGAAACAAAAGGAGGAGGCAUCCCGUGCUCUGACGACUCUGCGUAGCUCCAAAGCUCCACUGGUCAAGAAGAGGCAGGUGAUGAGAGCCAUGACUGGAGAGUACAGGAAAAAAAUGGAAGAGGAGAAGAACAAGCAGUUCAAACUCAUUCGGAGUGAAAUUGCAUCAGCUCAGGUCAAAGUUGUGUCAGAUUCUCCAAAGAAGUCUGUUUUCCGCCAGAGGGCUAAAGUCAAAACACAGACCCCCACCACAGAGGAGGGCCAGCAGCAGCAGACUGAAGCCCAGGACACAGACCUGACACCACAGACUCAGGAGGAGACAGCAGCUUUUGUCUUCACUCCCUCAAAGGAAGAGUUUCGCUUUGAUUUUCUUUGAUUUAUUUAACCCUCAAGACAAACUUUUCACUGAUCUGAGCUGGACAUCCUUUGUGAAAGAAAAAUAUGGAGAUAAUGGGGGAAAAAAACUAUUACAAUCACAAUGUUAUAUAAAAAAAAACUCCUCUCUGCUCUGGUCUAAAUAAAUAAUUUUGUAUUUUUGUUUGCAUUGUUUUUAUUUAUCAGUAAAUGUGCGAAGUGACAACAAACAAGUUAUAAGUCAGACACAAUUCAUGAUUGAUGAGUGUAUCCAGAGGAUCAGGCAGAUUGUAACGAGAGGAGCUUACAGCGAUCGCUGAACUCAUCAAUUCAGCUAGAUUCCUUUUCUUGGGUGAGGAAGUUAUAAAAGGUUGCUUUGGUCAAACCUUGAUAAUGUGCAUCAUCUAUUGAUUUCUUAUUUAGCUAAUUUCAGGCAAUGCUUUCCUUGACUGAAAAAUGACAUGUUUUGUAAAUAGUGUCACUCCAUCGUGCAUCUUUUUGACUUGUGACUAUCAAAAUAAAGUUGUGUUUACUUGA